AUGCCGCAACUUGUGCGGCUGGUCCUGCAACUCGUCGGUCUCGAAGACGCCAAGUGGGCCGACGAUCACGUCGCCUUCAAGGUCGGCCUUUACCGAACGCCUGCAGCGCUCGACUCCGUGGCCUCGCACAUCUCGCACGAGGCCUUUUACUCGCCGGUCAACAUUGCGGCCCCUGCAACCAUGCAGUACAACGCGGCGGCCACUUGCCCCGCGACGUUUGUUGACCUCGCCAUCGAGUGGCUCACCACGUCGGCAUACUGCGCCACGAAGCACGGCCUCGCCUCCAUGGUGCAGCUCUUCAUGGUCAAAAAUCGUGCCACGACGCAGGGCCUCUCUCGCUUUAUCCGUAGCUAG